AUGGCCUUAUAUGCAAUUAGAAAGAAGUUCCGGUUUCGUAACAUCAGAUCAGCACCAAAUGGAAUGGUUUUAAGGUGUUUUAGCUCCAACUGUCAGUGGAGGGCAUACGCCACAAAGUUAACAGACUCGGACAUCUACGAGAUAAGAAAACUCGAUCCCAUUCACACCUGCUCCGUGGACGAUAGAUCCGGUUAUCAGUCUCAAGUUACACAUCAUGUUGUUGGAGAGAUGAUGAAAGCUUGUUUCAAUGGUAGUGGCGGUGGUCCAAAGCCUGGAGAGAUACAUCAAGUCAUGCAAGGAGACCACGAUGUCCAAGCAAACCCUGGAACUUUAGCCGAGAUUGAAACUGAAUACAAGGACAACAUAGGAAACAUGUUUAAAUACAUGUUUCUAGCUAUGGGUGCCUCUAUUAUGGGAUUUGAGUACAUGAGAAAAGUUGUAGUUGUCGAUGGAACCCAUUUGAGAGGAAAAUAUGCUAGGUGUCUUCUAACUGCUUCUGCCCAAGAUGGCAAUUACCAAGUGUUUCCACUAGCCAUUGCUAUCGUCUACGGAGAAAAAGAUAACUCGUGGGAGUGGUUCUUCGAAAAGUUACAAGCAUUCAUUCCAAAUACAAACAAUAUAGUGUUUGUAUCUGAUAGACAUUCAUCCAUCUAUUACGGAUUGGCCAAGCCGGAUAAUGCAUCAGGUUUAUCCAGAAGCGAAACACUGUGCAUGCAUCCUUCAUUUAAAGAGACUAGGAUUCUUGGUUUGCAAAGGCUGGAAGGACAUAUAGAUUAUCUAAUUGGAAUAGGAUUUGGGCAUUGGGGGCGUUCCCAUUUCCCCGGACGUCGAUACAAUAUUAUGACGAGUAACGUUGCGGAAUCAUGGAAUGCAGUGCUUCGUGAGGCCAGAGAAUACCCUAUAUGGCCCUUGGGCUCAACAAUCUCAGCAAGUUUAGACAAAUUCACACCGAAAGUAAUGGAAAUUCUCGCCAUCAAUUUCGAGUCUUCGGCAGGUUUUGAAGUGAAGAAAAUAAAACACUUGGAGUAUGAAGUACGAAACAAGGAAGGAUAUUCUUUCCACGUCGAUAUUUCCAAACGAUUUUGUAGUUGUUUUGAGUUUCAACUCCUCGAAAUUCCUUGUCAACAUGCAAUAGCAGCGGCCAUCGUAGCCAAAAUAAAAGUCGACUCAUUGGUAGCUGAAGAGUACACCAAGAAUGCAAUGGUUGCUGCCUAUGUGGGUAGUGUCGCUCCAGUGAUUGAUACCGAUGAUAUCAUAGAACUUACUGGUCAAUUGUCCGAGUUAGAUAUGCUUCCUCCGUCUAGCAGGCGUCCCCCUGGCCGUCCACACAAGAAACGUUUCCUAUCUCGUGGCGAAGUUCGUAUGAAGACACCAAGAAGACGAACUGUAUGUAGUCGUUGCAAAGGUUGUGGUCACAAUCGUGCAACAUGCAAAACCCCUAUCAGUUAA